AUGCAGCGGGCCUGCGGGGAUGGGCCCGCGGAGCUGCCGGCCUUGGAGGACCCCGGCGCGGAGGGGGAACCCGACCCCAAGGCCAAGCAGAACGAGCCGCGGCGAGAGCCCGAGCCCGAGCCCGAGCCGGACACUGAGCCCGAGCCGGACACUGAGCCCGAGCCGGAUGCUGACCUCGCUCCCGACCCAGAACGCGAGCCCGCUCCCGAGUCUGAGCCCGAGCCCGAAAGGCCCGCGGAGGCCGAGCUCCAGACCCGGGUCCCUGCCUCAGCCCCUUUGACAGUCCAGAACCCGGCUGAGCAAGGCGACGUCAGCCUCCAGGAACGCCGCCCCCGCCCCGUGGCCAGGACCAGGACCAAGACUAAAGGCAAGAAAGACGCCGAAGUGCGCGUGCCCGACGAGUCCCGGGGCCGCCGGCCUCUCACUGUCACCGUGGACAGCUCCAAGGCCAGGACCUCCCUGGAAGCCCUCAAGAUCAGCCUUCGGCAGCUCAAGUGGAGGGAGGUGAGCCCCUCCAUCCCGCCCUCCAGCCUCUUGGGAAAAUUUCCCUUUGGUCGUCGCUUGCCCUGUGAUAUCUACUGGCAUGGAGUUUCCUUUCAUGAUAGUGACAUACUCUCAGGUCAAGUGAACAAGUUCCCAGGCAUGACAGAAAUGGUGCGGAAAAUUACGCUGAGCCGAGCCGUGAGAAUCAUGCAAGAUCUCUUUCCUGAGGAGUACAACUUCUAUCCUCGCUCAUGGAUUUUGCCUGAUGAAUUCCAACUGUUUGUUGCUCAGGUUCGAAUGGUGAAAGAUGGUGACCCCUGCUGGAAGCCCACUUUCAUUGUGAAACCUGAUGGUGGUUGUCAAGGUGAUGGAAUCUACCUCAUUAAAGACCCCAGUGACAUUCGAAUGGCAGGAAACCUCCAGAGCAGGCCAGCUGUGGUCCAGGAAUACAUCUGUAAACCUCUCCUCAUUGACAAGCUGAAAUUUGAUAUUCGUCUGUACGUCUUACUAAAGUCUUUAGAUCCCUUAGAGAUUUAUAUAGCCAAAGAUGGACUCUCUAGAUUUUGUACAGAGCCAUAUCAGGAGCCUAAUUUUGGAAAUUUACAUCAUGUAUUUAUGCACUUAACCAACUAUUCAUUGAAUAUCCACAGUGGAAACUUCAUUCAUUCUGACAAUGCCAAUACCGGCAGCAAAAGGACUUUCUCCAGCAUCCUUUGCAGACUUUCUUCCAAAGGAGUUGACAUCAAGAAAAUCUGGUCAGACAUUAUUUCUUUGGUCAUUAAGACUGUUAUUGCACUAACACCAGAGCUCAAAGUAUUCUAUCAAUCUGAUAUACCAUCAGGAAGGCCUGGGCCAACAUGCUUCCAGAUCUUAGGAUUUGACAUUCUUCUAAUGAAAAAUUUGAAGCCUAUGUUGCUAGAAGUAAAUGCAAACCCCAGCAUGAGAAUAGAACAUGAACAAGAGCUUUCUCCAGGGGUGUUUGAAAAUGUUCCAAGUCUUGUCGAUGAAGAAGUAAAAGUAGCAGUAAUCAGAGAUACUCUCCGCCUAAUUGACCCACUGAAGAAUAAGAAAAAAGAAAACCGAUCCAAUGGUCUUUCCACAACAACAUCAAAGACAAAGAGUCAAGAAAAGGAAAGCUGGUUCCAGGCUGAGAGGCAUCUACUGCCGGGCAUUGAAGCAGGUCAGCUGAGACAAGGAAGCAGAGGCCCAGAGAGGGGAAGAAUCUUGCCCAAGCUCAUACACUUUCCAGAUAUCUUUAUGGACAGAAAAUGCAGAUUCCCAUCCAUUUUUCACAGAAUGUCUCCAUCGAAGCUUCAGUUUUCAAAGUUUUCCAUAGUCAGAUCUGAACAGUGUAAUAAGAUAUCAGGAAUGAGAGAAGAAUCCAGAGAGGGGACAGAUGAACCACAGUCAGCAGAUAUUUUUGAUGCAGAAGCUUAUAUGAACAAUGAAGCCAGCUUACCCUCGAUCUGCCUCAAGCAAGUAUUCCCCAAGUAUGCAAAGCAGUUCAACUAUUUGCGUUUGGUGGACAGGAUGGCCAAUCUGUUUAUCCGAUUCCUUGGAAUAAAGGGGACGACAAGGUUGGGACCAACAGGGUUCCGCACUUUCAUAAGGAACUGCAGACUCAGUAGCAGCACCUUCUCAAUGGCAUCUGUAGAUAUUCUGUAUAUUGACAUAACAAGAAGGUGGAACUCCAUGGGCCUUGAACAGAAGGAAUCAGAUAAGAAUGCUGACCCUAAGAAAAGAGAAGUACCUGCCCAGGGUAUGUGUUUGCAAGCCUUUGUGGAAGCAUUCUUCUUCCUGGCCCAGAGAAGGUUCAAGCAUUCAUCACUGCAAGAGCAAGUUGCCUCUUUGGUCGACCUGUGUGAAUACCACCUGACCCUGCUGGAUGAGAAACGUCUACUCUAUAGCAAAGGCACCUCCUCUGGCAGGCCUCCCAACAGCAGUUCUUCCCAAGAAAGGCUCCCUCUCACCCAGCCGCCAAAUGGGUCUUUCCUUCCCCGAAAUAACACUGCCAAUAAAUUUACCCACUACAGACAUCCUCAGUCUUGAGGGAUGGCACUUUGGUAUGGAAGAAGAAACUCAUAGAGAAUGUCAGGGCUGAUGAGGGCUCCCCACCCCAUAAGCAUGUGACUGCUGGUGAAAUGUGGAAUGCCAAGUCUUUCUUUUGCUAAAUGCUCUCACCUGUUUAUUUCCCAUUUCCCCGAGUUCCACGCUUCCAAAAGUGAAUGCCCUAUGUACAACUGUCUGUGACCCCAGCCCUUCUUUUUCAGUUCAUCAGUGGAUGGACUAUGUACCUUCUGUGACAAAGGCCAUCCUUCUUACUUUAUGGAAUACCGCAUAUGAAGACAGUGGGCAUGAAUUCAUACUGUCAAGACCACUGACUCCUGGGGAUGAUAGCCAUGGAGGAGACAGCCCAAGGAAAAGAAAUCUCAGGGUUUCUGUGGCCUCUUCAAGAACUGAGAGCCAUUUUAUAUCACCCUCUAUCAUAAUGGAAAAUUAUUUGGGAGAAUCAAGUAGGAGUAUGCAAAUCUGCAAUCCCUAAUAUAUAUGCAUGUGUCUCAA